CUGGCUCAGACAGGCAUAUACCCCAUGUUUCGCCGGGCCGCUCUCCUACUCAGGAGACACACUGUUAUUCACCCCCAAAGACAUCUCUCCACUUCACUCUCCCGGCCCAGGGCGCCUAUACCCAUCCCCAACACUCCUUCAGCGCCACCCCUCCCACUCCCAGAUGCCUAUCCACUUGAGCUCCCCCGGGCCAUUUCCCCCACUCGCGCCCUUCUGCUUCUCUCCACGCCUUCCCCUCCCACUGAUUGGCCAUCUCAUCUUGAAAUGCAUUCCCCCCUCUUAGCAGCUACCUCUGCGAAACUCAAAGCCCGUGGAGUCGGCGUGAAUGUCGUUUACGAUCCGGCUGCCCCGUAUGGAAGCUUUGGUUUUCAGACUGAAAAGAAGGGGGAGGAAAAAUUCAUGGGGAGACUGUUUUGGCCUGACGGGAGAAAAAUGGAAUGGGACGUUUUUAAUCUCGAAACCCUCAAUUCUGACCAGCUAGAAAAAGCGAUCAACUACACACCCGUCCUAUCACACUCUUCGGGUUUACCACAGCUUCUACCUGCAUCAAUAACUUCCAAGAAAGAGAUCCUAGUAUGCACCCAUGGAUCUAGGGACUGUAGAUGUGCUGAUCGAGGCGGUCCGCUUGUUUUGGCUCUUCGAAAAGAGGUCAAUCGGCGAGGUCUGCAAAGUCAAGUCAAAAUCGGGGAAGUGGCCCAUGUCGGAGGACACAAGUAUGCGGCGAACGCAAUCUUGCUCCCGACCAUGGAUAUGCUUUCCAACCUGUCUACCGAGCAUGCGCCAUGUAUAAUCGAUCAUCUGUUCGCUCUUGCUCCCUCAGUUCCUUCAGCGUCUGUCAUGCCUGUAGCUGAGAGGGGAACGAAACCGGACGACUCUACCCACGCGAAAGGAGGGAUGUGGACGCAUUGGAGAGGCCGUUACGGCUUGACGGGGGAGCAACAAGCUUUGCUCUGGGAUUCUGUUGAUCCCUCCCGCCAGCCUCAUAUCGCAUCGACGUCCCAUGAAACUGCGGCAAAAAAGGAGCAGGAAAUUGUCACUUUGAGGUUCAAAACUUAUGAGGGUGAAGAAAAAGUUGUUCAAGCUCGAAUUGGAGAGAAUCUGCUACAAGUUGGCAAGAAAAACGAUUUGCCCUCUCUGGAAGGCGUAUGUGAUGGCAAUCUCGAAUGUGCCACAUGUCAUCUCUACCUUUCCUCUUCGCCUGCACCGCCAGUUUCCGAGCCAUCGGAGGCAGAGGACGACAUGCUGGGGUAUGCAGUCGGUUACAAGGAAGGAGAAAGUCGAUUAGGUUGCCAAAUCGAGGUGACCAGAGAACUGGCAAAGUGGUGUGAUGAAGGUGGGAUCAUUAGAUUACCAAGAUUUUAAGCCAUGCUUCAUUUGUACAUGGCUGUCAGAAGGGGAGAUAUACCUAGCAUGAAAUAUACCCAGAUGCAUUAUAGUUUU